AGUGGCGGGGGAGGGACAGCGAGAAUGGAGAGAGAACAGGGCGCCAGAUUCAAGCGAGAGCUGAUAAACAAACUGCUUCACUUCUAUUUUAAAGAUCCCAAAACCAAAAUUAACAGCGACGCUGUCCUUAUUAUGUCUGAAAUGCUGAAAAUCUUUGUCGUAGAGGCAGCAGUAAGAGCAUGCAAACAAGCAACAACCGAGGAUUUGGAAUGCGUGGACAUUGAACAUUUUGAGAAGAUCUUACCCCAACUGCUUUUGGAUUUCUAGGACGCUUUCGAAUAGAUGCUGCCUUUAAGCUCCUGCUCAUCAAAAGUUAACAUUAAAAGAAUGGAUUUGCAGAGAAACAUGCUCAAAUGGUUAGCCACCUGCAAGCGAAUCCUCCUCCUAACUGCCUAAAGUCUGCUUGUUCAUAUUGUUUAUAUUGUUAGUAUUUAAAUACUUCACAUUGUGCAUGUUUUCAUUGUAACUUUUUGUUACAGCAAAUGUAUUAAUUAUUUCUGUAUAUUUAACAAAAGGACAUAUGUUUUGACUGUAAAUUUAAUUGAACAUUUGAAAUAAACCUUUUGUAGAUUUCUGGGAGCAUCAA